GACAGCACCUGUAUACGCAAGAUUCCCAUGAUAGCAAUAGAGUUAGUUUAGGAGACAGCUUCUACAGACCUGUGGGACACUGUUACAAGCUGAAACAAUGCACGUCAACAUCCCAGUCACUGAGGAAGUUCAGGACAGCCUGGGAAAUCGCUAUGUGGUAAAAAUGAAUUAUCUUUUUGUGCUAUAUAAAUCCGUUGAUAUGCAAAAUUCUAGCAAAAAAUUUUUUUUUUAUCAAUCUAUAUUUUAACCUCUUAUCGCUAAAGUAAAUGUUUUUUUAUUUUAUUGAUUUUGUUUUUGUGGGUUGUGUAUGUUGGUGUUUUUUUUUUAUUUGUUUUGUUAACAUGUUGAUGGUAGAAAUGGUCAGUAGUGAUGCUUAAUGGAGCACCAUAAUAACUACUGCCCGCUAUAGUGAUUACAGUGCUUGGAGUGUUACUUUAACAAAUGUAUCAAAAUGAUCACACUGGGGUUUACUUAUUAACUAAACGAAAUAAUAAGUAGUGAGUUUUAAGGAUUAAUGGAAGUUAGGGGAUUUUUGUUGUUGAAAUGUGGAUUAAUUGCUGUGCAGUCACAACAACAAAAAAUAUUCUUUAACCCCCUUUAUGAUAAAGAAUUUAGGUAAAUUCCAAAUACCUUAUCUUGGCUUCAGUGUUGCAAUUCAGAUAUCAUUUGCAUAAUUUUAGCAUUUAGUGAUUAACACUAUGAAAACAUGAUAUUCAAGGCUGUUAUACAGUUCAGAGGGACCAGAUAGAAUUUACGGUAAAGUGUAAUAUUGGGUCCUUAAAGGGACCUUUUAAGAGUUUCCUGGAAUUAUCCCACUGUUGAGUCAAACUCUAUUUGGAUGGUCUGAUGCUUACCUUGGUCCUUUGGCUGCCUGCAGUGCAGCCCCUCUUGGCUGGGGAAGUUCCCCUUCCUUUCUAGAGAUAUGUCUCUCAUUGCUUGUCAUGGACACAGCCAUUAACACAAACAUGUAUUCCUAACACUACAGUGUUAAACUAACUGUUUAGCUUACCAGCCCCACAUUACCACUGUGCACAUAUAGCUAUUAUCACUAUAUAUGUGCCCUCCGGCCACUGGCUGCAUCAUGUAUAGUGACAUGCUAUCUCCAGUUUCCAGAGAGGGGAGAGGAAAUGUUUUAAUUUAAAGAUGUACACAGCAUUUGUGCAUAACCUUGAAACUGGCCUUCCCAGACCACCCAACAGUCCUGCUUUUGGGGUCCUGUCCUGCUUUAGUUUCCUGCAUCUAGGGACACCAGAGAACUGUCCCUGGGCAGCAGAGCAUGAGCACAUCAUCAUAUACAGUAGGAUUAUACAGGUAGCGCUGCGGGGCCGGCCAGGUAACCUGUCAGUGGGUGGCCCUGCCACUUUUCUAGAAGGACCAGGACCCUUUUCCCGAAUGGGCAUUGCUUGUGAUGCAGUUUGCGUUGCUGGUGACACCCCAUCAGGGGCCAGCCCAGCCUGUCCUGAUUCCGUAGGUCCAAUUGUUGGGAGGUAUGGGUGUAUGAAUAGUAUUGUAUAGUCUCUAGUCUCCAGGUUUAUAGACUGAUGGGAACCCAUACCAACUGCUACUUCCAGUCUCCAGCGUUAUAGACUGAUGGGAACCCAUACCAACUGCUACUUCCAGUCUCCAGCGUUAUAGACUGUUGGGAACCCAUACCAACUACUACUUCCAGUCUCCAGCGUUAUAGACUGAUGGGAACCCAUACCAACUGCUACUUCCAGUCUCCAGCGUUUUAGACUGAUGGGAACCCAUACCAACUGCUACUUCCAGUCUCCAGCUUUAUAGACUGAUGGGAACCCAUACCAACUGCUACUUCCAGUCUCCAGCUUUAUAGACUGAUGGGAACCCAUACCAACUGCUACUUCCAGUCUCCAGCUUUAUAGACUGAUGGGAACCUAUACCAACUGCUACUUCCAGUCUCCAGCUUUAUAGACUGAUGGGAACCUAUACCAACUACUACUUCCAGUCUCCAGCUUUACAGACUGAUGUGAACCCAUACCAACUGCUACUUCCAGUUCUAAAGACUGAUGGGAGACCAUACCAACUGCUGCUUCCACCUCUAGAUUUUUAGAUGGAUGGAUAUCCAUUUCACUUGCUCCUGCCUGCCUCCAGAUGGGAGUCUAUACUGUCUCUUCCUUUUUCUACCUUUUGGGACUCCAUCCCUGUUAAAAUGAUGAUGAUCUUGUCUGGAACUCACAGAAUGAGUGUUUAUAUAAUUGACAAUGGGAUUUCUUCAGCACCAGGAAUAAGCAUUGUUGGUCCUCUCUGAUUUCCUACAAAUUUCCAAAAGAAUAUGUCUCAUAGGUAAAAUAAAAAAUCAAUACCCCUUAAUUACUAAUAACCGGUAGCUAACAGGUAGUCCAUUGGUAGCUAGGGGCUGCCCACAGAGAUUUUGAAAUAUGUUUCAUCCUGCUGACUGCCACUAUUAAAGAUUCAAGGACAUUGUUUGUUGGAUUCUGUUGCUGAACAACUUGGCCUAUGCUAGUGCAAGACACCCAUAGAUUAUAGACCCAUCCCUAAAUGGAAUCUGUACAUUUUUGGACAGCACUUGACUUAUGCCAGAGGAAGACACCCUUAUUUCCUAGUGAUUGGUUUGGCUCUGUAGACUGUAUACUGCCAGGCAAUACUUGGCAUAUGGCAGCACAAGAUACACAGGAUUCUUUGGUUUAUGGUGGUGUAUUAUUGUUUGUGUGUGUGUGUGUGUGUGUGUGUGUGUGUGUGUGUGUGUAUAUAUAUAUAUAUAUAUGUGUGUUUUUUUACAAAGGUUUUGUACAUUGAAGACUCAAUUAUAAAAUUAGAACAUUUUUGAUUUUUUUUUUUUUUUUUAAUUAAAAUAUAUACAUAUUCAUCAACAGCAUUUUUUUUAAUAUUUGCACUGUAGGGAGUUGUAUCAUGGUCUCACCACAAGCUUUUUGGCACCUCCAUAUACUCUCAGAGAGACUUCAGCUUCCAGACCAGAAGCGUCUAGUUUCAGGUCAUAAUCUAUACUAAUGUUUUUGUUUUAUUUUUUUAUUCUUAUAUAUAUCCCAAAUUAACGCCUCUAAUAAACAGAUUAUCUGAAACGUGUCACUAGCUCUCAGCAAGAAGACCUGACACAUUGUUAAUACCUUAAUGAGACAGAUACAACAGCAUCCUCUAUGCUUUAUUGCCAACAUAGUUUAGCAGAUUAUUAGACCGUAAAAAAGGAAAUAUGAAGUUACACCAUCUGUAGCCAAUGACAGGUCAAAACCUAUCCCUGAAGGAUUAAACUGCAGUUAUACCACUAACUCUCUAUGCCCUCCCGUACAAAUUCCUCUGUUACCUUUUGUCUCACCUCCACAGUUUACCUUUAGAUUGUAAGCUCACGGGCAGAGCACUCUACCUGUUGUUUCAGUCUGUUCUUAUUGUAUUGUCUUUUUCCCAAUUGUACAGCGCUGCAGAAUAUGUUUGGCGCUUUAUAAAUACCAGUAAUAAACAAAUUGUUGGCAAAUGUCCACACCAUUCUCUCAAACAAACAAAGGGCAGGAGAUCGAUAGGGAAACAUAGAAUGUGACGGCAUAUCUAUAGAAGCAAGUUGUGUUCUGCACUAAAUUUCCAUCACACCAGCUUCCAGAUAAUGAACCUUGUUCAACUCAGUCCUAUAGCUGGAAGUAGGUGAGACGGGACUGCUGGCCAAAAGUGAAACACCAAUGGAUGUUCAGAUGACCAAACAGGUCGUUCAUAGAAAGCUAAUGAGUGCAGCUCUGUAUGUGAUCAAUAGGAAAAACCUUUUUAAAAGAGGCCUAAAACAUGUACCUUUACCCAUCAUUCUACACAUUUAGAGAUUUCUUUUGUUCCUCACCAUAUGCCUAGUGUUACGGCUCCCCCCAGUAGGAGAGGAGUUACUGCUGUAUAGGACGAUCCCUUACCGAAUGCAGAGGUAGCUACUGAGUGCUUCAAACUGCCGAACAGCAAUCACACAAACCCGUUGGUCUCCAAAACAGCCGAACAAAAAUCACAACAAUCACACGAAUCAGUCAGUCUCCCAAAUAGUAGAACAAGCAUAAUCUAUACGAAUAAUACCCCCCAAUGACGAGACAAAGUUCCGUAUUGAGGGUCAGCAGGAAUCUGUUUUACUGUAUUUAUGCAGGUCUCCCACCUGGUGGACACUCCCCUAGGGGACCAGAUGGGAGACUGUGACAAGGACAUUACAACAACCACUCACAGUGUUGCCAUGCCCCUUUAAUUACCCAAGACCCUCUGCUCUACCCGGGAGAAAAUUGUGAAGUAAUUCAAUUAUCUCCCGGGACAUAGACCAAACGCCAUUUUUUAAAUUACUAUAACAAAAUGCAUAAAAAUGUAUAAAUUUACAAUAACUGGACAUAAUAAAGGCAUUCAACGUCUCCCCAGAUAGCUGGGAUCUGAGCGAACAAAAGUACCGAAUAGCGCUCAGAUCCUAUGCACACAGUCCAAUCGCCGUGGAGUCAAAGUGUUCACAAAGUCUGUUCUCCAUACGAAUAGACGCCAUGGGAUGGCUAUCUGGGGUAUGGCUUAUUCGUGGACAAAAUACAGAAUACAGGGAUUUUUGGGAGUUCUCUACCGAAGGAGAAGGGAGGUAGGCGGCUUCAGCGGUGUUCGGGCCAAAAAGUGUCAGUUUUAGGUUCCAUGGGUUUACCGUCGAACACCGCUGAGCGUUCACGGAUUUAAAAUGGCCGCGACCUCAUGUUCGGGAUACGAAUGGCGGCCACCCAGCUACAGGCAUCAAUUAAAAGGUGUCUGUGGUUAACCUCAACAUUCGAAUGGGGCCAAGAGGUUAACCAGCAGCACACUUCUCUACUGGGUGGCCGGCCGUUCGGGAGUUUUAUUCGGUAGUAAAAAAAGGGAAUGGUAUAGAGAAUGGUAUCCACAUGAACGGGAGAACAUGAAUUAAAUCAACGAAUGGACGAUAAGUCUCUGUAAGUUCAAGACAGAGAGAUCUGUCACACCUAGUGCUUGGACACAAGACAUUUCAUUGUCGGCUCUGUAUAAAUACCGCCUUCUCCAUACCACUCCAUGUUCAAAAUCUAUUCAACACCAAAAUGGAACACCUAUGUCUAAAAAGAGAGAAACUGUGUGGUGGUACUAAAUUGAACUUCUUCACACUCACAGACAGCCAGUGUUCUAUGUGUGUAUCUGUAUAAUUUUAUCUUUUUAUUUUUUUCUACCAUGUGGUAACCUACCAUAAUGCAAUUGGUGCAGGGUUGCUUGUGUUCUGGGUUCAUACCUUUAGAUUGUAAGCUCACGGGCCAUCUAGCUAAGCACUUUGUAUAAAAGAGCUCCAAUGGCUAGAUAUCAGCUUAUGGGCAGGGCUCUCUUACCUCUUGUAUUUGUUUGUGUAUAUUGUACGUUUCUCAACUAAUCGUACAGCGCUGCGGAAUCUGUGUGCGCUUUAUAAAUAGCAAUAAUAAAUAAAUAAAUAAAUAUAAUACCACAUGAUCGCCUAUAAUAGCCAAUCUCCUAUUAGCAAGAACAGUAAAUCAUCCAAGUUUUCGUUUGUUGUCUUGAAGUAAAUUUACAGUUAAAAAACUGGAGGUGUCUGUAAGUUCUGAAGACACUUUCUAAUGAAUGUAUGGUUUGGUUGUAGAGUAAGCCCUGUAGUAGGACAGAAUUGGUUAACCUCAUUGGCUAGACUGGAUUUCUCAUGAUGAGGAAUCUUGUUCAAUGCAUUAACAGUGUCUUUUAAUUCUUAACUCAUGCCAAAAGGCAGUCUAAUAUUUUUUGUAUUUUGUGUCAUUGCAGCUUUACUCUGUGUUCCUGGAAGGUACCCUUCUAUUCAAGGUUCGAUACUCUGAUCUACAUUUGUGGGAUGAACAGGUAAGUGUUUUUGUAUUGCAUUAUGUAUUUAUCCUACACAUUCAAGGAUAAAGUAGGGUGACAAGGAGAACAUGUAGUCAUACUAUAAUUCAGAGAAUAUUGGGGGAAAUUCACUGAGGCAAAUAACGUGUUAUCGUAAUUCAAAGUUUUCAACAAGGAGCAAUCACUAUGGAAAGUAAUAGACUGUCUCUCAACAUUUCGCAGUUUGCAGCCAAAAUAGAACCUGUUUUGCUUUCUAAAUAUCUCCCACUUUGUUAGCUUUUUUUGUUGGUUUUUUUUUAAACGACACUACCUCGCCAAAGCUACAUGUUUUCUUUGUAUUUACCUGGUUUCUAUGACACCAGUUUAAGCCCUACUUACUAUAAGAAAACUGAGAUUCUCAAAGGGCCCUAGGCAGGUUUUCAGUUUGGGGCCCUUUCUAAAUUCCUCACGUAGGAUGGUAAAUGGUGCCAAUAAAAUUCUUGGUUUUGGGCCCCUGUCUAAUCACUGGGCCCUAGAUUAUCUGAAACAUCUGUAUUGAGUUACCUUCUGGUUAAUACUGCUCUAGUAGACAAAGAACAUAAACACUAGGUAGUGCCUCUAAAUGCUAGAUAGGCUAAUGUAGUGAUCAACAGCAAGACUAUUAUCCACAUUGCAUUCAAAUAGGAAUGUACGGUACAUAUGUUAGUACCGUAUAUUAGUAUGUGUUUAUUUUAUUUUUUCUCUUCCAUAAUUUGGGUUACUGGGUUUAUGCAAAGGCUUGACAUAUAGAAAGUUUGCGAUGAUAUCAUAAUCGUUGUAAAUAAAUGCGUUCACACACUUGACCUUUUCAAACAGAUAUAGCUGCACUGAUGUGGUCAUUCCGGUUUAAUAUCCAUCAGGUGUGACUUGUAAAUCAAGCCUUUUUUGCUCAUUAUGACCUAAGAGUAGGGGGCAGGUCCGCAAGAUUUCUGUUCUGCUUCAUGUACGAUGUGCUAAACACACAUGCCGAGUUACAAAACAUUGGGCGUGCCUCUGUGUUUGUUUGCAAGGAAUUUUAUACGUCAAAUGAAACAAUCUGUUUAGAGGAGAAUACAACAAUACUGUGUGUUUCUGUACAUAGGAAAGAGGAAAUACAAAUAAAAAAGAAAAAUCCCCUGAAAAGUCCCAUACUGGAUUAAUAAUUUUUUGUUUUUUCAUAAAGAUAAAUAAAUAAAAUAAAUUAUUUACAUACAUACAUACAUACAAGCAAGCAAAACAACCAUGCAAUACAAAUGUUGGUAUAAAAAAUAUAGAGAUGAGUGAAGGAGCUAUAGGAAGAAAAAAAAAAGAUAGAAGGUGUAAAUGAAAGACAGAUGAGAGUUCCAUGUUUGAUACAAAACAAGUUCCAAAUAUUAUCUGACAUAGUGCACAUAUGAAGUUCCAGUUAAUGGUGGUUUUAGGAACACCUUUUGAAAUUUUACAGAGAGAUCCUAAUCACUAUAUUAUCAAGGAAGAGAACAGAACUGAUUCUAAGAAAUGGUCCUAUAUAAUAUAAACGUUGAGCAACCUUUACACUAUUACCCAGUACGGGAGGCACCAAGAGUUCCAUGGAUCUAAGCUAUCCGACAAGUUGGACCCGUUAUCUCACCAUUCGGGUUUAUAAGAACUCUCCUGUAAAUAUACUCAUGGAACAAGUUCUGAUGUAAAUGAAAAAUUGUUGACAUUGAUAAUGUAUUAUAGAUAAUUCUAGCUCUCUUUCCCAAUAAUGUGUCUAAAAUGUAGUGUAAUGAGAAGUGAGUCAGUAGCAAAGUACAUGUGGUCAGGGUACUCUACUUCAAAUGUCAGAACUGGACGCCACAACAAAUGUUUCACUUGAUAAUGGUGCUAGCUUGCUAUCUGGCCAUUUAGGUAGAGCAGUUGGAACCAUUUCAGGUUAAUGUUAUGAGAAAUUCCUACAGAUAUAAGAUUGUCCCUCAGUGCUUUCUUUAAGUGAUCCAACUGAAAGAAAAUGCAAGGCAAAAUUUUUGAAGGGAAUGCUAGAUUGUGUGAGAUGGAUGGCAAGGAAGAUAAUUUGACCUAUCAAAACCUGGAAUUCUGACAUUCUAGUGGAGGGGUGGAUGCAACAGGUGGGUGGUCUGUAUUUUGCAAGGAGCCAAGUUAUGGAUUUUAGUGAGUUAAUAAUAUAUUGAUGUUUCCCUGCCAGAAUUCAUCGUUUAUCUUCUUGUAAUCUCAUCAAGCGGUUUGUAUCACUGGGCAACUCUUCUAGUAAGGAACAGUUAUGGGUUUUGCAAUCGCAUACCACUUUCCUCUCUCUUAGUGGUCAGGAUGUAAAGUCCUAUUCUGCCUGCUUUGUUUAUCCAAAGAAGUGAGUGCUGCUGGGUAAAAAAGGCAAAUGCCCUUUACCUGUCUUCCACUUUGAAGAUCUUGCAUAAUGCAUGUUUGAUUCAUUGUGUAUGUUGCCCACAAAAGCCAAUGGUAGAUUGUAACUUAGAGGUGCUCUGCCCCCCUGUCUCGUUCCUUUACAUCCACAUACCUACAGCGGGCAUUUGGAGGAAGAAAGGCUUUACAAUACAAUUCCCAUUAAAUUGGGUGAUCGUAACAACCCCUGAAGCUGAAGUGGUAGAGGUUAACACUGUAAAGGAGUUUAAGCAUGCGUGGGAUAGGCAUAAGGCUAUCCUAACUAUAAGAUAAGGCCAAGGACUAAUGAAAGUAUUUAGAAAAUUGGGCAGAACCGAAUGGUUCUAAUCUGCCGUCACUUUCUAUGUGACAUCUGAUAGAUUCUUUGAUAGAUUCUCUUGAAAAUAUGUUUCGGGGGGUGUUUCAGUUAUACUCCUGAACAUAACUACAUACAGUACAUGUUAAUAUUCAGCCAUUAUAUAUAAUAUAUACCACUAUAGCGCACUGCAGUGGUUGUGCCAUGUAAGUAGUCAAACUGUCUGCUAACCAUUUCACUUCUUACCGAAUGUCCACCGGAUGCCACUCUCUGCCUCUCUGAGGCCAUAAGCUCUCUUUACUGAGCCAAUGAGGUGGUGCAGGGCUUGGCUCAUGCGCUGCAAGCAAUCUGCUGACCGUCAAUGAGCUGGACAGCAGAAGAGCUAACACAAGCUUCUAGUAGCUGGAGUGCCCGGCAUGCUUCUGGUAAAUGGGCAAACAGUCUGACUACUUACAUUAACAUGGUGCCUGGGCACUCCUGCCACCUGAAUCGUUACAGAGUGCUGUAGUGGUUAUGGUGCACUGUGUUCCUCUUAAAAUACCUACUAUUACAUCUCAUAACUUGUUCCUUUAAACUUUUUUUUUUUGUCCUCUGUUUUAUUUUAGCUUCAGAGGGUAUUUGGAAAUAAUUUACCUGCAUUUCCACCCAAAUACUAUCUUGCAAUGACCAAAUCCAUGGCAGAAGAAAGAAGGCUACAACUGGAGAAGUACCUGCAAAAACGUAAUUUAUUUUCCUUUUGAUUACUGGAAAAUCUUAGUUGAGCUGCCGCAAAAGUUGUUCAUUUUUAUCAAGUAGUUGACUUUUCAAUGCGAACGUUCCAUAAAAUUAAUCUGACCACUGCUCUCAUGGACUCUGCAGAUUCUCAUUGCCUUUUAGAACACAAGGCAUCUUUACAACACACUCUGUAGCACACAAGUACAGAUGCUGGGCAAGUUAAAUGUUUGAGCUCAGGAUGGUGUGUUCUGCAGAUAGAACAGAGAAGAGUAUAAUUCUUCUUAAUACCUGUGCCAUACUCGGUGUCACCUUUUAUACAGACUACUUUUAGAAAAGAUACCAUUGUGACGUGUCUUUUUAAUCCCUCUAUUCACGUAUUUCCAAGUUUGAAUUAACUGCGAUAUCCGUUUAAAGAGAUGCCCUAUAGAUCCAUAAUGUGAUCAGUUCUUUUUGCUGUUUAGUUGUUUCAGAUCCAGUUAUUUCCAGCAGCGAAAUAUUCACAAACUUUUUCAAGAGACUGCAACUGGUAUGUACACUUUUUAAAAAAUCUUUAAAUCCGUACACAUGCAAGAUGUUCUUGAGCCUCAAUUCUCAUAAUCCUUGGUCAGGUAGACAAUCUAAAUCUCUUUUUAUGUAUGCUUCUCAAGCCAAUGGGAGUAAUGGUUUAUAAAUUAUCGAAAUAUUAACAAGAUUCUCAAAUAAACACGUCGGCUCAUUUGAGAAUUUUUUCCCUCUGCAAAUAUUGCUAAUAAUUUCUCUUAAUUGUGGUUAAAUUCCCUUUGUAACAUUAUAAAUUGCUACAGACUGAAUUCACCCACUGAUGUUUAUUCCAACCAGGCAGCGGCAAUGUAAAAGAAUUGCCUCUGUUGUUGGAUUUUUGUCCAUAUAUACAUUACAAGAUCCAACAUAAAUUGAUUUUAUUAGAGGCUGUGUGGUUCCAAAAUUAAAAUGUGCCUUAAAAUGCUCUCCACGUUGAUACUGUGACAUGUUUUAGGAGUAAAUGAGUGCAUCACGGACCAUUAAGGAGCGUCGGAGCCUGGCGGGGACCCAGGAAAGCAUGGGUAAACCACUUUUAAACCGUUUGCCUUGGGGAGCUGGGCCAGGGUGCAGCAGGCUGUAGUGGUUAUGGUGCUUUGAGAAACCCUUUAAUACACGUGCUGUGAAAGUCAUUGUGACUGAUACAAAUGCACCUUAGCAAGCAUGUACUGCUCUUAUCCUGCUCCACUGAGCAAAUAACAAAGUGCUUUUAGCACAAAGCAUGUUAAUCUGGAGAUUUAAGACCCACUGCCCUCCAUUUGAAUAUAAAUUCACUAGUUAUUAAUAGUGGGGUCACAGUCAACAAAAGCGAUAAUUUUAUAUCUUGCUGUGUGUGACAAUGGGUGUAUUUCCAGGAAACCUACAUUAUAUAAUAUCUUAUAUAAGCCAAACAAAAACCUUUUAAAACAAAAUACAAUAAAACUGUUAGAGCUUCACACCUAUAGCCCCUCAGUCUGUAUAUAUGCUAAAGUAUACCCUUGUAUAGUACUUUGUAGAGAGCCAAGGAGAUUAGGCAAUUGCCCAAAGCAAUGGUUCCUAACUUUUUCCGCCACUUUAUCAGUAGUUUUAAAAAUCUCACAUUUACUUGAAGCCUUAAUAGAGAUGUUUUCUCCUAAUUAUUUUUUAUUAGUUUUAAUUGCCAGAAUCAAAUGGCAUUGCAACGAACACCGGUAUCUCCUAAACCCGUUCAUUAGUUCCUCCCGAACGGCGAGUUAUAAUCACUCGUGCUCUGGCCAUUCGGGAAAAAGAGUAAGCUAUUCUCCAUACGAAAUAUCAGCUUUCCCAAGUAGAUUCCUCCAGUAAAGCAGUCAGGUACCUAAACAUCAGCCGAAGUCUAGAUGAAGGGUGUAACAGAACUGAAUUUUAAUGCAAGGGGACCUCCCACGUGGACCUGGUUGGGCACAGGAACAUAAAUCAUACAGCCAAUAGUAAUACAGGGGAAAACUGUGACACUCCCAGUACAAACAUACAAUCCCCUCCUCUCUACCUGGAGAUAAUUGGGUCUGAGUAAUAAGUAAUAACUUAAUUAUCUCCAGGCAGAAAAAUUACAAUUUCCCCAAAACUUAAAACGUACCCUAAAACAUAAUAUUCCCACAAAAGUCAUAUCCCCUGAUAGCCCUGAUCUGGGUGACCAAUAUAUCCAUAAAUCACCCAGAUCAGUUCAGGGGUUUUCGAAUUCCAUGGAAGUCUUAGGUGACCGGCCUCACACGAGGCACCUACCCAAAACAGUUCCACAAGGUUUGGUAGUUUUGCCGGUCUAGUUCGUGAAGACUGGAAAAAUGAAUAAAUGCAUGAACUGCUCCCCCUGGCACAUAGUAGCGAUUGUUCCCCUCGUUCGUGGGAACAAAACUACCGAACAGCGCUCUCCUAGCUGUUUGGGAAAAGGAAGCAGGCGUUCGUACAGUUGGACUGGUGUUCGUAAAGUCGAGUGUCCGAUUUUAGUUCCAGACACUCGACGACCAAGUCUCGCUGCCUCCUUUCGUGCAAACAAGAUUGCUGCCGUUUUCUAAACCACGUGGCAUUCGGCUAUACGAACGGCGGCCACACAGGGAGAGGGCUUAAACUACUGUUCUCUUUGAAGUUAAUGAGCCAGGGGGGUGGUCGGUGUUCGGUAGUUACAGCUACUGAAUGAAAUGAAAUAAAAUAAACAAAAUAACAGUGUGAUUUCUUCACAGGCAUGCUCAACCAGUGAAUGUGGACACUGGCGUACAUACUAUGGUCGCAGCUGCGACCAGGCCCGUCACUCCAGGGGGCCCGCCGCCCUGUGGACCCCUGCGAACCCCUGUGACUGGGUACCCGCCAUUAUCUUUUGCGGCCCCGGCCCACACGGCAAACCGCCGGGGCUGCCGUCAGGGCCACCCGAUGGAUAUUGAUUGUAAGGUGGCCCGGUCAGCGUUGGGCGCUUUAACAGCGCGACCGGGCCCUCUGUAAUUACAUCACAUGCUGGGAGGAAGUGACUGCACGUCACUCCUCCCAGCUAACACCCCAGUCACCCUCCUGCACCUAAAAGGUAAGAAACAGGAGGGUGACUUAAAUAUUGUGUGUGUGUGUGUGUGUGUGUAUGUAUGUAUGUAUGUGUGUGUGUGUGUGUGUCUGCCUGUAUGUAUGUGUUCCUGUUUGUAUGUAUGUGUGUUUUGUAUGUGCCUGUCUGUGUCUGUAUGUGUGCCAGUGUGUGUGUCUGUCUGUAUGUCUUUGUGUGUGUACUUGUCUGUUUGUAUGUAUGUAUGUGCAUCAUUAGUCUGCCUGUGUGUAUGUGUGCAUGUCUGUUUGUAUGUAUGUAUGUAUGUGUCUUUGUUUGUAUGUCUGUCUGUAUUUGUCUGUGUGCCUGUCUGUGUGUGUGUCUAUCUGUAUGUAUGUGUGCCUGUUUGUAUGUAUGUCUUUGUAUGUAUGUGUGUUUGUCUGUGUGUCUGUAUUUGUGUUUGUAUGUAUGUGCAUCUUGUGUGUGUAUGUAUGUCUGUCUGUAUGUGUCUGUGUGUAUGUGUGCCUGUCUGUUUGUAUGUAUUUGUCUUUGUUUGUAUGUGUGUGUGCCUGUCUGUGUGUGUGUGUGUCUGUAUAUAUGUGUGCCUGUCUGUUUGUAUGUAUCUGUGUGUGUGUGUGUGUGUGUGUGUGUCUGUAAGGGGGGGAAUAGAGACUGGGGGGGAAUAGAGACAGGGGUGGGGUGGGAAUAGGGGGGGGCCCACAGAUCAGUUUCGCACCGGGGCCCCAUAGAUUGUAUGUACGCCACUGAAUGUGGAAUGUCCACAUUAGAAAUGGAUAAGGAGGUGGUUGGACUGUGCACCCACAGCGUUCCUUAUAUAACUAUAACUAAUAAAUCAGCAUCUAGUGGUUAUGGUGCCUAGACUGCUUUAACCAGAACUGCACAACCAUUACACUGCACUGCCUGUAGUAGGGAUGUUAGUGCAUUAUGUUAUGUUUGUUACAGUAUACCUUUUAACAUUUCUUUGAUACAUUUGCUGACACCACGAUUUUGAGCAGUCAUUGGAAAUGUAUUUCCGUGGAUCCAAGAGGUUUUUAACAUCCUGAAGUCGUCCGAUUUAUCAAGCUCUGUUAAAUGUAUAAAUACCACAAUUAACUUUUAAAAAAUCACAUGAGUUAACCAUAUGGACACCCCUGGGUUAGAAGAUUAUUAAAACCUGUCUCUCCAAAUAAUAUAUAUAUAUAACCUCAUGCCUCUUCCUGAGUUGUGUUUCAAAGCUGCUGAAUACAGCAGACACAUACUCCAACGAAUCCAUGUAUAAAGUGCAAUUGUGAGGCAAAAAUGUGGUUCUUGAGCUCAUUUGCAUACGCCUACCCAGAAUCCCUUGCAGUAGUGAGAGCACUGUUAAAGUGAGAUUUCUGUGGGAAAAGCAAGUCUUAUGGCUUGACUGGUAUGCAGACUUUUGUUUAACAUUGUAUUUAUAUAUAUAUAAUCUUCUUAAUGCUAUUAGGUUUGGAAUAUAAUGAUGUGUGUUGCUCAUACAUUUCAUUAUUUAUUUUUUUCCAUCAGGAGACCUUUAAAAUCCCCACAAUAGAAAUUAUCCUGAAAGUGUACUUACCAAAUGAUGAACAGAUUAGAGUUGAUGUUCUUACAACGGAUACUGCAGAGCGAGUGCUCGAGGUAACUUAAUAUCUAAUAUACUACUAACUCUUCUCAUCUUUUUUUUUUUUUUUUUUUCUGUAUGGUCUAAACAGACAAAAUGUGACCGAAUAUGGUGGAGUUACAAUGACCCCUUUUAUGUGCAGUGAGUUUUAUGCCGACAGGUGCCAGUGUUGGAGAGCGAACUUGCAAAAUUGACUUAAAGCCAGCUCUGCCUUUCAUCCUCCUGAAGUUAAAUAGCGUACCAUUAAAGGGACACUAUAGUCACCAAAACUACUACAGCUAAAUGUAGUUGUUCUGGUAUCGUACCUGCAGGCUUUUUGUUGUAAACACUGCCUUUUCAAGCAAAAGGCAGUGUUUACAUUGCUGCCUAGUAACACAGCUAGCUGCUGUCACUCAGACAGCCAGUAAAGGUGCUUCCUGUGUCCGCGAUGUUCAAUGUCUCCACGCUCUGCAUGGAGGCACUGCAUGUUCCCUAUAGAGAUGCAUUGAUUUAAUGCAUCUCUAUGAGGAGAUGCUGAUUGAUGAGGUGGAGCCAGACAGAGUCAGCCACGGCGAGACUGGCGUGAUGUGGGAGAAAGGGUGAGUAAAAUCAAAUUUUAAGCACGAUCAGAGUGGGGCGGUUCACCUAAACAGCCACGUCAUCACUGUAGUGUCCAGAAUAUAUGUUUGUAUUCCUGACACUAUAGUGUUCCUUAUAAGUUGGGUUAUAAUGGCAUCUAGACCUCGGGAUGUACUUGGAAGCUAGCGACCACCUAAAUGCACACAUUACUUAAUGCUGUUAACAGUAUCAAAUUAUUUAUUAUUCUUACUUACUAUACCUGACAUCCGUUUCACCAAACGCAGAGUCUUUUUGUAGCAGCAGUGUUUACACUAAAACAAACCACAAUACAAAAAACAAGGGGAAAACUACAAGAAACGGCAUUAAUAAAAACACUAUAGGUUUUUAUUGUAAAUGCUCCAACUAGGGCUGCGUAUGUAACUAUUUCUAGAUCGCUGCUAGAACUGGAGAUGUAUAGGUUAAUAACAUGUAUGGCCAUUUCUAUGCACACAAAGGAGUUUGUACAAGUAAGAAAUCCUAGUUACUAAGCUGAUUAGUAGAAACUGUGUGGAAAAUGAUUGUUCUCUUUUAAAAUGCCUCUUUAUGGAAGUGUACAGAGAGGGCCUAAAACAACACAAGGGAUCACAGAGAUCUACUAAUACAGAGAGGGAGGAGGGGAGUUCCGCCUUUCUUUACCCUUCCACGGCAAUCUGCCACGAUGAACGGUAUAUGUGAGUGGCUGGGAGACCAUCACAACAAUUCUCCUACAUCUAAAUUAUCACUAAAGUGAUACACUGUGUCAGAGCUGCUGAAGUGUUAAUGUCUGGGUUCUGACUCAAAAUGUUCUCUCUGUGCAAUGGGCCCUCAAUGUCUGAAUUAGUCAAAACUUUCAUUGGCCACAAAGCAGCUGCCCAUAGUAACUAGGUGCUGCUCAUUAUACUGGAGGGCGUAUAAUAAGGGUGUUUUUACAUUGCAUUGUAUAUUAAAUAAUAUACUAUGGAGAAUACGUCACUGAUGGGGGGGUUUUCUUGUUUUUUUGCUUUUGGUUUUAAGUAGCAUUUAAACGUUAAAAAAUAAAUAAAUAAAAAUAAACUAAAUAUACAUAACUCAAGUCCUUGUCAAACCACUGAGGUGCAGGUACCUUUUACUCUUGUACAUAGCAGCAGGUUCUCAGGCAGGCUUUAUCUCAAGCAGUAAAUAUUUAAGAUCAGACUGAAUAGCAGGUCUAGCCUGUUUUUCUUUCUUGUUGGCUUCAGUGUAACCGAGUAAUCAGAGAUCAAAUACUGCAAUAGAAUAUCCAUGUGAUGGAAUAUGGAGAGUUGGCAAAAAAAGUCUGUGUGCCCACCCCAUCUCCAAGCACACUAAUAGUCACUGCAGACAAAAAAAAAAAUUUGAUUAGCUUCUCUGCAUAUGCAACUGUCUAAGUCCCCUUUAUAGCUCAAAUUCUAUUUGACAGUAUGACCUUAUUGUAAACCUAAAAUAAUUAAAUAAAUAUGUGAAUGACGCUUUUAUGUAAAAACCCUUGAUGGGACACAAUAGGCAUCAAGACCACUUUAUCUCAUUUAAGUGGUCUCGGUGCAGUAUUCCUGUCCCUUUAACCCUGCAAUGUAAAACAUCUGCAAUUUUAGAGAAACGGCAAUAUUUUUGCCUCUAAUGGCUCUCUACCAGACAUCCACUAGAGGCGCUUCCUUUUGUUUCACAGAGAUUAUCUCUGUAAAACGAGGCUGGAAGUUCUCACGCUUUGCAUGAUGACGUCCAGCGUCUUCAUAAUCCCCGCAGAAAUGCAAUGAGUUAAUGCUUUCCUAUAGCGAAAGCCUAAUGUGCUGACCGCAUAUAAGCGCAUUAGGAUCCACUUCGCAAUGAUGUCGGAGCAAGCGGAGACGGCCCGUGCUGAGGGACCUCGCAGCUGGAAUAAGGUAAGUGGGAAAAAAAGGUGUUUUUGUUUUUUUAUUUAACACUUUCACAGCCACCGGCGAAGGGGGGGAGGGGUAGUGCGUUGGGGCACAGGGACACUAGAGAGAUCUGUUAUGAAUACCAGCUUUGCAUUCGUAACACUAUACUGUAACUUUAAAAAUAUACAUUCAAUCUUCAUAAAAGUUACAUAUUAAUACUCAGCACACUUUAAUUACACACAUAUCCAAAAUUCAGCCAAUUCCUUCCAGGGGUUAAAAGGUUAGCUGGAAGUCCUUUAUGACCGACCGCAAGCACAUUUUCAUGCCCAAAACAGUUCCAUAGAUUUGGGUUGUGCGGUCGGUCUAUUUCACACUGAAAAAAUGACCAUCGCCAAACGGGACUUAGUCUCUGUGGCUGCAAAUUCAGUGGAGGAGAAGGUAAGGGUCAGCGGUGUUCGUUGAAAUGCCCCGUUUCCUCCGGGAUAUUGGGGACAGAACAGACAACUGUAUGUAUACUAAGUCUUUGUCAUAACUGGUAAAGCGAGUCUUUCUAAUACAAUGAGUUGUGUGUGUGUGUGUGUGUGUGUGUGUUCUAUUAUAUAUUCUAAAUUAUUUAUAUAGUACUCUUGUCCAGAGCCCUUUACAAAACUUUAACCUUUUUACAAACAGAAGGAUAUAUAAUUAGGCAUACAGGCACAAAAAGAGUAGGGAAUUUAAACAUCGAUUGCAUUUUAUUCUAUGUGAGACCUACCCAUGAGCUUACAAUCUACAGACGUGUUUGUUAAUAUGAGUACAUAUAUAUAUAUGUAUGUGUGUGUAUAUGUGUGUGUGUGUAUAUAUAUAUAUAUAUAUAUAUAAAUAAAAAAUUGCAAUAUGGGAGUGCAUUCAUACAAAGUUUACGAUUGUUCAGUAACCUUUAUCAUGCAACCAGGGAGAGAAUACUCUGCGAACAAGGAGUUCUUUGAAUGUUGCACAGAUUGAAUGUUUAGUAUAGCUGUCUGUACUUAAUUCAUUCAGGGAUUUUGUCCUAAUACAGACACUUUUAUAUUCUUUUUAAGUAUAUAUCUUAAUGGGACAUCCUCUGUUUAUGCUAGUGGGCACCAAACUGGGACAUCACAAGGGAGAUCACCCACCACAUUGCUUAGCUUGUAAAAAUGGAGUUACUGAAGCUGCCAUAUCCAUUGCAGGAGCAUAACUGGGGACCGGUGAGGCCUUGGAAAGGUUUAAAGAAUAGUGCCUAUAUGGCCCCUCUUCUAGCCCCGCCACCUCACAUGCAACAGACUGGAGUUGGAUAUGUGUGGUGGCUGUGUGUGAUUGUGCAGGGGUUGGCUGAGUUUGAUUGCAUGUGAUAUGUAUGUGUGGAGUUGGCUGAGUGUGAUUGUCUCGGGGUUGUGUAAUAUUUAAUAUAGAAAGACACAUUUUAGAAUAACAGUAUAUCUCUCACAAUAUUGAUGCUUUUAUCCUGACUUGAGUAAGACCAAUGUAGAGGAAAAUGCAUGAACCUAAUUCACCUACAGACCGUUGGUAUACUAACAUAGAUUGCUUUCUUUUUUCUAAAUGUAUUUAUUUUAUUUUUUUAUUUUUUUUAUUUAGCUUGCACUGUUCAAGGCUGCCUUGUCCAGGGAACUAAUGGAAUAUUUCAGCUUGUUUAUUACACACAGAGAAAAUGAUGGUGGUAUCACAGGUAUUUUUAGGUUUUUUUUUUUUUAUUUGACUUUGACAAACCAAGCCGUCAUUGGUGAAGGUGUGGAGAUAUUGUAAUUAAUUAUUGUCAUUGAGAUAUUAGCCUCCUGAUAAGGUGGGGGGAGGAGGGAGGGUGGGGGGUUGGGAAUUUUAACUGGAAAUUGGAAUUGUAUUUUAAUUACAAUGGGUGUAACAGAUUCAGGUCAGCUUCCUCCCUGCUACCGUGGGACUCCUGGAGUACUUCAGACCCAUUUGCCAAAGCUGAACUGGGGUCUCUAGGGACCUUUUCCACUCUAAGUGCUACUGUGGUAUUAGCCCCUUUCUCUCAAAGCCUACUCUCCUGUACAAAAACAGUGAUUAUAGCCCUUUGCCCCACACAUUAGGAGGUAAAAUGAAUAACCUUUAUUGCACACAUAGCACAUCUAUUUAUACAGGAGGAAUGUAGAUUUCCUCUCCAAGGGGCCCUCCAUACAAUACAAUGCCAGUACAGUAAUCUACUGUCUGGAACCACUCUGACUGGGGUCUUAAUUGUGUUAGUCCCAGCUAACGAGCGACUCCCUACUAUGCCCUUUCAGAUAUGGAGGUGCAAAAAUCCCCCAGAACCUCUUUUUGUGGACAGCACCCCCACACAUCACAGCUCAUCAUCCUGAGCCUCCAUUGUCCAAAUAGCACCCCAACUGAAAAAGAGGCAAAGUAUUAAUGUUUCACCAAGCUGUGGCUAUGAUACGGUUGGUCCCAGUCUUAUGAAAAAAGGGUUCCUGGAGUAUUCCUAGAUGCCUCGUCACCUCCCUGACAUCCUCUCCAAAUAGUGCCAUGAUUGGUGGUCGGGGGAAUGAGCUACACCCGAUCAAAGGUUCACCAGAUCGCAGCACAGUUCCAAUUUGGUGAAUACCGUAUUUCUCUGUGUAAUGAUCACAGAUUUUAUGCCUAAUUCCUUUCCUUACAAAUUGGGGUGCGACCAUUAUGUGAUGCAUUACAUAGACAAUAAACCUCUGUUCAGUAUAAGAUCAAUCGGAUAUUCGCCAUCCGUUUUCAAGAAUAAGAAUGUCUCACAACAAAAGGAGCAAUAGUCAAUCAUGCGACUAUUGCGUGAUGAAUUGGAUUUGAACCAACUUUUGGACUGGUGACUAUUAUGCGGUUAAAUACGAUUCAGGGUGUCCCCUGGUCAGGUUAUCUAUAGGAAUGAGUCCUGCCAAUCCCCAAAGGUUCCCCAUCUCUGACUGGGGGUAGAAUAAGCAGGUAAGGACCUCCAUACCACCUCAAGUCAAGAAAAUGGGUUUUAUGGCACGUGUAUUUUAAAAACUAACAUAUGUAAUUCUUGCAUGUAUUUCACGGUUCAUUGUAGAUUUAUUUAAAGAAAAGGUAAAACAAUAUUCGUUUUUGUUUUCCUUUCUGCAGUGGUAAAACAAAUUGCAGGUUUUGAGCUCCCAUUUAUAACCAUCUGGAAUAUGGAUGACGAUUCAUUUCAAAUCGAUAUCAGAAAAUGGUGAGAAUCUUGAGAAAUGUUUUUUUGUUAAUCUUUUUUUCUUUGUACACAUUAGUGUAUGUAAAAUCUAUUCGCUGUAAGUUCUGUCUGGGUGAUUUGCUAGCAUAAAAAUUGCAGGAAUUCAAAGUAGUUUUCAAAUUUUAGAACAAUAUAGCAUAACUGGAAAAAUGUCUUCAUGUUUAAAGUGAAAUAAAAAAAAAUGUUGCUAAAAUAUAUCCAUUCCAACAAUUCACACUAUAGUGAAUAAUCGUGUGAGUCUUCUACAAAUCCUCCUGCCAAAUAGUUUAUGAUGAGAGUCUGUGCUUGUCAAGAUCAAAUUCUGGGAUAGUUGCAGAAACUUUUUUUUUUUUUUUUUUUGAAUUUCUAUGCCCAAGGGAUAUUUUAUAAAGUCUUGAGAACCUUCAGCUAAGCAGGGGAUGCUCAACAGUAACCUACAAAUCCUCCUUGAAGCCAUAUUUGUUUCCAUAACACAGCCUUGCUGCCAUCUUGUGGUGAACUAACAAACUGCUUGCACCUUUGCUCUGCUCAUACCUUGUUGUUUCCCAGUUCUAAGAGAAAGGGGUGAGAUAACCUCUGUGACAUUUGCAGAUGUAUCCAUAUUAUUAUUAAAAUAGCGCCAACAAAGGGCGGUGAAAAAGGGUCACAGCACCCAGACCACCUCAAUGAGCUGAAGUGGUCUGGGUGUCUAAGGUGUCCCUUUAAAGAGGAGCUGCCCAUUCCAAAACUGGGGGGGUAGGGGUAAUUAACCUGGAGGUGUGAAUACCCAGGAUUGUCUCUUUAAUAUGAUUUUAAAUAUAUUUUUUCAGUUACAUGAAUCCUUCCACAGAUGCAAUGUUAAUGGGAUGUACAACAGCUAUACACUUGCUGUAUAUACAGGUAAUACUUUUAACCCCUUAUGCUGUUAUGCUUUUAACCCCUUAUGCUGUUUUCUGAGUUUUGUUGUAUCUCCUGUUCAUUUGUGCCACUGCCCAACUAAUGAAAUAAAGGGAAAUGCCCCAAAAGAUAUUUCACUAUUUGUCCUGAUUAAAGAUAUGCCAUUAGGACUGAAACAUUGUGUCAAUAAUCACCAACAAACCUCAUACCUGUAUAUUAUAUACCUGUACUCACCAGUAGGCCCGCCCACUCCCUGUCCGUUAAUUAUCUUCCAUUAUUGGGAGGUGUGCAGCAUUAGUCUCACCAUAAUCAUUAAGGCAUGGUUUAGAGAGCCUUUAAAUGUCCCAAUGCACAACUUGGUGACAAUGUACUCUUUACAUAGUCUGUCACUAAAGAGAUUUAAAUAAAAAUAAAAAGUAAUAGCCUAUUAUAUGCGAGCGCUGGAAAAUAUGUGAAUGCAAUAAUUGGAGAUUUGUAUUGUGCACACAUCAUAUACAAGUGCAGAGACAAUCUUGUGUACUUUUAAUUUUUUUUAUAUAUAUAUAUUUUUUUAUAACCUUAAAAUCAGUAUAUUAAAUUAUAAAUUAAUAUUUAAUUGCCAGAUCAGCUGUUUGUUUUGUUUACACUAUGUAGAUAAUCACAACUGCAAAACAUUUUUUUUAUUUUUCCAUUCUUUACUAAAGGCUGUUCAAGAAUAUCGGAUGAAUUGGUCGAGGCCAACAGAAGAACAACAAGCGAAACUACAGCAGCUUUUAGAAAGUGAAAAUAAAGUAAAGGUAAUCGUGCAUCAGUAAAAAAGGUGCAGACAUUAAGCAAAAUUAACAUAAAUUUUAAAUAUCUGUGGAUCCUUGCUUACAUGUCACGCUAUCUUUUUUUGAUUACUUUAAAACUGAAUUUAUAAUUGUUGGACAAAAACAAAAAAAACAAGCACAGCCUUGAACUAUUCCUUUUAAUUUUAAAUAAGGCCACCACGUCCCAGAUGUUAUAUAUUCAUACACACAAACCAGACCACUUUUUUUUUUUUCUUAAUGCUUUUAUGAAAAACCACAUUGCCAGCAUUGCGAUGAUUCAGGAUUUAUUGAUAUUAGAUCACCCUUCCUUUGUCAACCCUACUUGGGAAACCUUUCAUGAACUUUAGAACAGAGUGACAUGUGUGAACACAGCAACUACAGCACAUGUGCAGUAGUUGUUGUGAUGAGCAGAUGGGUAUAAACCUCCAUGCUUAGAAGGAAUAGCUCACUAUUAAAUAGAAUUUCUAAUUCAGUUUACUGGGAAUUGCUAAAUUUUAGAUCAAUAGAUCGCUUUGCUAUAUUUUACAACUUGUGUAUAUUGCCCAAAAUAAGCAACUAUCUUGUAAUUUCUCCACUAUGUCCAUUUUAGUGAAUAAAGCCAUAAAGGUAGAAUAGCAGCCGUUAUUGAUGUUUGUAAAGAGGUUAAGUGAUAUCUGAAGCCAUUGUGAUAUCAUGUUGUGCAAUCUGUGUCUGUAUUAAUCCUGCUAUGCUCUCUGUUACGUGUGAUACAGUUUUUGCAGCUAAUGCAGAAUGUGGAGCGCUAUGGACACAUUCAACUUGGUGCCUGUACCAGCGAUUACCCCAAGCCAGAGACGUCUGUAACGGUGUCUAUAGGAUAUUUAGAAAUGUAUUGUUGCUUUCACACCUCCAAUGGCAACAAAGAAAUCCUUCAAUUGCCAAUCACUGAUCUGAACUGUUGGCAUGUCCAAAUGUGUGUAAGUAGCCAACCCUAUUCUUCCAGAUCUUAGCUUCUAAUUUAGUGCCAAUUUAAUCCCUUUACCAGUAUAAAGCAAAGAAUAUUGACCGGAACAUAAAAAGCAUCCAUCAAAAGCAAGGAAGUAAUGUUCAUACUUAAAGGAACACUGUAGCCACCAAAACAACUUUAGCCUAAUGAAGCGGUUUUGGUGUAUGGAUCGCGCCCCUGCAGAGUCACUGCUCAAUUCUCUGUGAUUUAGGAGUUAAUUCACUUUAUUUAUACAGCCCUAGCCACACCUCCCUGCAUGUGACUUACACAGCCUUGCUAUACAUUACCAAAAUCUGGACUGCCAAUAAUUCGUCUUUUAUUUAUCAUUUAUUUAUGAUGCAGAAACCAGUUCCACAGGUCUUUACAAUGGUAAAUCCAUAUACCUGUUGAAACAAGCAGUCAGCCUCUGCAGAGGACAUGGGCAAAAUCCCCCAGUGAAAAACUGACAGAACAUCAUAAGAUAGAGAAUGCAAGCAAUAACAAUGUAUAAACAGGAACUCUCAACAAAGUUAUAAGGAGGUCCAGGGCAUCCAGCCAAAAAUUCUUAAAGGACCACUCUAGGCACCCAGACCACUUCAGCUUAAUGAGGUGGUCUGGGUGCCAGGUCCAGCUAGGGUUAACCCAUUCUUUCAUAAACAUAGCAGUUUCUGAGAAACUGCUAUGCUUAUGAAUGGGUUAAGCCUUCCCCUAUUUCCUCUAGCGUCUGUCUCAUUGACAGCCGCUAGAGGCGCUUGCGUGCUUCUCACUGUGAUUUUCCAUAGGAUGCUUUCCUAUGUGACCGGCUGAAUGCGCGCGCAGCUCUUGCCGCGUGUGCGCAUUCAGCCGACAGGGCGGAGAAGAGGAGGAUCGGAGGAGGAGAGCUGGCACUAUAGUGGUCCUUUAACUUUAUUUCAAGUUGUUAAAAUAAUUACAAAAUACUAUGUAUCAGCAUUGGGAAAUGGACAAAGUACAUAGGUUAACUGUACUCCAAUAAAAUAAAGAUUUAUAUGAUUUGUGUUUGCUGGCAUACUUCGAUAAUAACUACCAAAUCUAUCAAACCACCAUCUCCAUUUUUUUUUUUUUUUUUUAUCUUCUUCACUCUCCCCCGUCAAUUUCGACCUCAACAGUUUCCAUAGUUAUCUAAAAAUGUAUAUACCUCUGCUGUUCUUGUAAAUCCCUUAAAGAAUCUGUAUUUUGGAGGAAAAAUACAACAAUAUAACUAAAACUAUAUAUCUGUGAACACUAGUUGCUGUCAUUACAUACUCUUUGCUCUGACUGCAUAUUCCAUUCAGUCUGUUUAAAUCCAUCUUUUAUUUGGUUUAUUUUCAGAAUUCUGUGAAAGACAACUGUAGCAUUGAUAAGAAGCACCAACUAGAGUUCAUGUUUGAAUACAUUCAGGCGGAAACAAAGAAAUGUAUUACCCUUCGCACGGAGCAGGUUUGUGUUCACAUGUGUGUCUGCAUGCAAUGUUUUUUUUGUUUGUGGUUGGAUUUUCAAUCUAUAGAACUUCUCCACAUUUGUACCACAUUUGUACCAUCGACCUACCUGAUAGAAACACUGCAAAUAUAAAUGAGCUAACACAUCGUGGGAUUCAUUAGGUGUUAUACAAACAUUGAGAAAGUGUGUGCAUGUGUGUUGAGAUGCAAAACAAAAAAUAUUCAAAACUACAAUCGCUGCUGGGAGGUUAUAAAAAGCAUCUUCAAGAUUAGAUGUCAAAAUAUAUGUUCUGUGUUCUUUCAAACUUCGAAUUAAACAAACUACACACAUCAACAUUUAGCAAAGGUGACCUACCUUAGCAGGGUGACAAUGUGUCCACUUAUGAAAAAAUUAUCUAAAGAACUUAAAUUCAAAUAAAGGCAAUUUCACAGAAUGCACUUUUUAUAAGCCUUGCUAAUAAAAGCCCAGAUGGCUUUUAUGGGACAUUUGUAUUGUAGAUGCCUGCUUGAUCUCGAUCAUCUCCUAUGAUUCUUGCAGGCGUUCCUGCUCAGUACCUGUUUAAAGAAGAUAAUGAUCGAACAGCCUGUAACUGGUACCAAAGAAGACUUGGAGAUUGUAAGUAACUUGCAGCGGUGCUCAGCUUGUGUGAAAUGAAGCCAGGGGAACUCUAAUGUGAUCAAAUGUAUAUUUUUGUCUUAAACGACAAUGCAGAACAACAUUUAACCCAUGUUUACAGGGGUUUGGGAGGUAAAGGGUCAAGGAGGUCCUUCAGUAUUUGCUAGUGAAUGGUCAAUGAGAGAGUAUUGUUUUCCACGUCACACUAUAGUGCUUUAUUCAGAUACACAGUAUAAACAAAAAAUUAGUUCCAGAGAGAUCUGAAUUUUUUUAUUUUUUUUUUAUAACCCAUCUCGAAGCCAAUAUUAUUUAUUUAUUUAUGUAAACUUUUUAAGCAGUAAGGUUUGUUUAUCCAGUGUUAAUGAUAUAAAAAGUGGCAUAUUAGGCUUUGUUAAAGGAAGAAAAAAAGUUAGGAGUACAAACUUGUAAUCCUAACGCUUUUGUGUCCAUGUCCCCAGUUUUUUUUUCAACCUCCCACCCCGUGGUUCCUAUGAAUAAAAAAAUAAAACAGUUAAAUAAAGGUUCACUUAUCUUUUUCCAGGAACUGCUUACCUCUUGGUCCCCUGCAAUGUCAUGGAGGAGGCAUGGCCUCUCCCGACAUGGUCCAGUUCAUUGCUCUUCAUAAAGGAGCACUGGUAACCUGAUGUGUAUGCGCAGCGACUGCCACGUAUGCCUCCAACCUUCUACAUAGGAAAGUGUUGAAUCAAUAAUUUCCUAUGGGGGCCCCUGCACCAUGUACCAGUUUCACUCAAUGUAGCACAAACGACUCCAGUGACUAUCACAGUAAACAUGUCGACAAAACGGCAAUCUUUUACCUAGAGUUGUUAAAUUUACAGGAAAACUGCACCCAGGUCACUUUAAUAAGAUGAAUUGGCCUUAGUGACCUCGAUGCUCUUUUUAACCAUUGGGCAUUUAUAUUGGUCUUUUUGGUAUGCUUCAGACGGAUUUUGUUUUUUUCUUUAUUAUUUUUUUACGGCCCAAAUCCUUGUGGAGAUAAUAUGUGUGUGAAUAUAUAUUUAUUGAUUUAGAGAUAGAUAUGUAAAGCUCUAUCGACUCAUCUGUGCGCUGCUGUGGAAACCACUGUAAGAUCAAAGUAUCUCUUUUUCAAUAUUCUCUUUGGUUAUAUACAUUGCUAAGAAACCUGAUUAAUUUCAAAAAUAAAAUUCUUUUUAGCAGGUAGAAAGAAGGGCCUUAACCAAAUUUAACACAAAAUGUGCGCAGGUGAGUAUUUAUGGAUGUUGGCAUCGAGUAAUCCUCCUGUUUACAUAUCACAUUGAUCCAUACUGUACUGUCUGUAUUGUCGGCGCUCCAAGGAGGGGGUAAGGCCCUUGUCAAUUGUUAACCUUCCGAGUUUUGUCACCAUUCUGUGUAUGCAUCAUUUACUUGGAACAGAUUGCUGCACAGUAUGUUGAAGCCACAUAAAUAAAGGCUCAUUAUCAUCCUGCAAAAUAUUUAUAAAUGCAAUAUUUCAAAGAAAUUGGAGCAAUAUCCAUAGAAACGGGUGCUGAUUGCUCUACACUUAAGGCUUUUCUCAGAGUUAAACUUGGUCCUCAAAACCCAUUGUUCAUUAUCCUCCAAGCACUGAUAAGUCACACGCCAAUAAAAACAUGGGCUGUACAAAAUGCACGGCUGUUCCUGAACUAUAAAUCCUGUGAUCCUCUGCAAACAUUUUUGCAGGAUGACCAUUAUGGGUGAUGGGUAGUUUACUACGAGCAGAAUUGAUCAAUUUUGUCCCAAUAUAGUUUAAAGCAGCACUGUCAUGCUGAACUUACCUUUCCCUAAUCGCUUCCCUUUUCUCUCUCUCUCUCUCUCUCUCUCUCUUUUGGGAUCUGUUCUUCUUUUUUUUCCCUAUCUAAUCUAGUUUUCUUUAAAACAUAAGCAGGGACUACUUUGUCUUAUGUAUUUUUCCAAUGCCUUUUCCCACAAUACUCACCCUUUCCUCCGUGGUCUCGAGAUGCCUGCUGUCAGUAUUCCCGAACGUCCUGUCAGUUUGAAAUUUCAUUUGAAUUAAUGAAAUGCCGAUCUAUUCGUGCCGCGGCUGCAUCUUGCAGCCUCUUAGUAGAUAGCUCCCUGAUUCCCAUGGUAUUAGGGAGCUAUCUACCAAAAGGUUGAAAAACACAGAUCGGUCUUUGAGUCAGUUUACUAAUACUAAGUAAAGAUUACUUCGUAUUAGUAAAUUCUAUCCCUACUCGCGGCAUAGCGUGGCCUGUGGCUGCUCACUGUUGUAAAACUCCCCCCCUUACCCCUAUCAUAAAUGACCCUAUGGUAGGGUAUCUAUUAACUAGCGAGGGAGACAUAGUGUCCCCCCCGAACCCCUACCCAUGCCCCGUGAGUGGGGACUAUUUAAUUCAACGAGGGACAUAGGGUGCCCAUCUGGCCCCCACCCCAUGAGUGGCAGGUGGGGGCCCUAAAAGACAAUGGGGGGGACACCUAUUGUCCUCCCCCAGCCCCGAUACAUGAGUGAUGGGUGGGGCCCUAGAAGACAAAGGGGGAGACCUACUGGUUUCCCCCCACCCAUGGACAACUGGUGGUGGCUAAAUGAAAAAUUCCCCCCCAGAUAACUAGGGGUCCACAAACCCCUAGUCACCCCCCCACCAUAAAAAAUAAAAGAAAGCCCUACCUGCCACCCUCACCCUAAAAUAGUGAGGGGGGAAACAAUAAAAUUAAAUACCUGUAAAUAAAAAAAUAAAAAAACUUACCAUUUAAUGUCAUUUUUCUAGAACCUUCUUUUUUCAGCUCAAAAAAAAGACUUAUAACGCCUUCCCACGCUCUGCAAUUUGACUCAGAGCGCUCUGAUUGGUUGGUUUAAGCCAGCCAAAAGGAGUGCUCUGAUUGGUUACCUGUAAAGGGCUAUUUACCUAUCAGAGCACUUUUAUUGGUUGGCUUAGACCAACCAAUCACAGCGCUCUGAGUCAAAUUAUAAGACAUUUAAUUUGUCUUUCUGAUGAAUGAAUAGAUGAAAUUCCAGUCCGAAUUUCGGAAAAUAGCGAAUGCCCCAGUGUUUUUACUGGGCAUGCGCGGGAAUUUUACAUCGCUAUCUAGUGUGGGCAGAUGACGUGUCCCACAGGGGCUUCAUCUGCUCACACAAAGAUGGCGGUGCCCAAGACCUAGGUCCGGGCACAAAAUAAAGAUUAAAAAACAGGUUUAGGGGGAUUUAGGAAGUAGGCUAGGGGGGCAAUUAGAUGUAGUGGAGUCUGAAGGGGUGGUGAAAAAAAAAACUGAUGCGGCCAUGACAGUGCCACUUUAAACAUCUUCCAAUUAUGGAAGCGUUGCUUCAAUUUCAAACCAUUUGCCCAACUCUAAAACUGGCUCUGAGCACCAGACAUAGUAUAUUUUUAUCUAGACAUAAAAUCAAUUUCUAUGAAUAGUUCUAGGUAAUCGAUCAUACAUGUAUUCUAAUGAAUAUAUAUAGGGGUUUUAUUAUUAUUAAAUAAUAAUUGUAGUGGUACAUUCCCGCCAGUAGGGGGCAGAUAAUAAACUGUGCUUAAAACUUUAUACCCAUUGUAAAUUCCUGUGAAUAUAAAAAAUGAAUAAAAUCCCCAUGUAAACAUUGUUUUGUUUUUUUUCCCUUGCAGAAAGAACUACAUAUGAAAAAGAGUCCCUUUUCACCAAAAACAAGCGAAAACCUGGUGUUUGAUGAAUUCACUGAUAUUCAUCUAUAAUGUUAGGCAAAGUUUAUUGCAGUUAUUCACUAAACUCCGAAUUUUAGCAGAAUUGUUGAAUUCAACUUAAAAAAGUCAUUUGUGAUUAGAGAAUAGUGGGUGAAUUUAUUCCAGAUUUGGAUUUAAUGUGCAAAAGUUUAGAGUUUACAGACUAAAUCUCUAAACAUUUUGCUAGACUUUACAUUGCUGGCAUUUAAACAUGUCUGUAAUUUGGGCAAAGUGUAAAACAACACGUAGUGCUAAUUCCAAAAGCUUAUAUCCAAAGAUAUUUUGUUAAUCUGAAAUGAUUGGUACAUUCCCAAUGAGGGGUAUACAGCAUUUAGUGCACUUCCUUAGUAUUGACAGUAUAUUGUAAUGGAACUAAUAUGAAAAAAGCUAGAACGGUCACCCAGCGCUAUAAGCAAUAGUAUUGAUUUAUAUCUGAAGUGUGAAUGCCUGGUCAAUUAUCAACAGAGAUUAUUGAAGUGGCUAUUGAAACACGCAAAAGGAUUUCCUUGUAUUACCCUAUACACCAUCAAUUACAUGACUUUGUUUUGUGAUUUAUAUUUUUAAUGUAUUUUCCAAGCAGUGUAUAUUUUGACGUGUGUAUGUUGUUAAUAAAGAUAUCUAUUUUGGUAUAGUACUCAAUCUAGCAUUUGUAUUUUCAAGCAUGUACACUGUAAAUAGAUAUUUCCUUGUAAGAAAAUAAUAAAAAAUAUAUAUAUAUAUAAUUUCUCUAAAGCGUCUCAAAACGUUUGCUCAGCCAACUUGUUCAACUAAUUUAGCCAUUUGUCUUAUUGUUCUUUUCUGUAUUGAAUGAUGCACUGUUUUUGCUCGUCUUGUACUGAGCUAUUAUUUAAGAGUUAGGCCAAACAAAAGCCAGUAUUUAAUAAAACCCUGGUCUUGAUUAAAGUAACCCUUGCAAUGCUGGGUGCCCAAAGUUAAAGUAUAAACAGAGGCCAAGUUCUCCCUCUCCCCCUGACUAUUCUCCUUCACUGAUGUCAAUUCCCCUUCCUGUCUGGGGAGGAAUGAAUGGAGAGGGCACUGACAGCACAGGUGGUGGGUGGCAUAUCUGCAUUAAAUGUCUAUUGCCAGAAUGCUUUGUGUGCUGAUGACAGACACCACCAAAUCGGCACAGAAUUAGUCGGCCCCAAUGUCACUCUUGAAAGUGGAGUUACACCUCCGGCAGCAAAGUGGUUUAACUUACCAUAGCGAAAUGCUACAUAUACUCUAGGAACCAUGACCACUUAAUAUCACUGAAUUGAUUUACAGUUUAAUUAUUGAUUUACAAAAAAUAUUUAUAGCGAAAGAAAUUCAUAUUAUGUCCUCCAAAGGACAAUGAAGUAAUACUAGUGUACAGUUCUUCUCUAUUUUAGAAGAAAACUGGUUUCCAGCAUUACUACUCUCUAUGUACAUUGUAUCUACAUAGUACAAGGUGAGAAUUAAACCAGUAUAUAUACUAAGGAAUAUUUAAAGUCCGUGUUUUAGUUCUCAAAUUGGGGAAGCACUUGAUUAUCAGAGUAUUUAUACUUCUAAGUUUUGCAGUCUUUUCUUAUAGCCACUCUAUUAAUCAGACAUUUGGAUGUAUUUUUUUAUUUUAUUUAUACGGAUUAUUAUGAUGCACUUCAAUUUUUUUAAUUUUAUUUAUUUAUAUAUAUAUAUAUAUAUAUAUAUAUGCGUUUUAAUUCAGUAGGGAGCUUUAUCAACAAAACAGAUAAUAUUCUAGUUGCAAAGAACGAAAUGAUGAGAUACAUUG